CCCACCAACUCAGAAGCUUCAACCAGUGAAAGUCUUGUUUUGAACUAAUGCCAGGCCAUCAGGCCCCCUCUGGGCUUUUCCAGAAAGGCCCAAAGCCAGUCUUGCAGAGGAGUUGGAGUAGACGUUGGAUGACAGCCCUGGGCCAUGCAGGGCGCUGAGGAACUGGAGGCUGGGAGCUUCAGCCACAACCUAUCAGGAGAACCCCCUGGAGCCUGGUCUCCCCUGUUGACCAUUGGUUAAAGGGGGUCACUGCUGAAGUAAGGAAAUGCAGCCACCAAUUCUUGGACAACUGUAAAACCUCACAAGCUUCAAGCCCCCAGAAGAAUCUCCAAAUCUCAAAACUUCUCUGUCACUGUAGCCUAGAAUUUAAAACCCAAGACUGUUGGGCUCAAGGAAACCUGGGGGUUGUUAAGCCCGGCACCAAAGAAGGCAGAGCCCCCGACUUGCCAACUCUGUCAUCUUGGGCAAGUUGCUCAAGAACUCAGCCCCUCUGUUUUCCCCAUCUGUAAGAAGGCCAUGAUAACAAGACGGAUCACAACGGGCUGCGGUGAGGACUGAAUGUGAUCAUUUGUGAGAAUCAGUCAGUACUAUGACUGGCAUCUGGAAAACUGGAGAUCAGUGUCAGCUAUGGGGAUGAUGGCGGAAAUCUGGAAUCUUAAAACCUUAGAAGCUGGGAUUUGUCAAAGUAGAAAAUCGCAGAGGCUGAGGGCCUCAGAAGCAUCAGAGCAUGGUAUCCCUGACAACAAGGUGGUUGGGGUCCCAGGGAGUCUCUGGCCUUUCUGAGGAUGGAUGCACUAACACCAAGGGACUUGUCAGGACCUUCCCUGUGGGAUACUCUCCAGCCUGCCCUUGGACAAGGAACCAAUGCCUAACCCCAGGCCAUCCAAGCCCUCGGCCCCUUCCUUGGCACUUGGCCCAUCCCCAGGAGCCUCACCCAGCUGGAGGGCUGCCCCCAAAGCUUCAGACCUGCUGGGAGCCAAGGCCCCGGGGGCUACCUUCCAGAGCCGGGACCUCCGAGGCGGGGCCCAUGCCUCCUCCUCUUUGAACCCCAUGCCACCAUCGCAGCUGCAGCUGCCUACAGUGCCCCUAGUCAUGGUGGCACCUUCUGGGGCACGGCUGGGUCCCUCGCCCCACUUGCAGGCGCUUCUCCAGGACAGGCCACACUUCAUGCACCAGCUCUCAACGGUGGAUACCCAUGCUCGGACCCCCGUGCUGCAGGUGCGCCCACUGGACAGCCCAGCUAUGAUCAGCCUCCCGCCACCCACUGCUGCCACCAGCGUCUUCUCCCUCAAGGCUCGGCCCGGCCUGCCACCUGGGAUCAAUGUGGCCAGCCUGGAGUGGGUGUCCAGGGAACCGGCACUGCUCUGCACCUUCCCAAGACCCACCACACCCCGGAAGGACAGGUCAGUGGACAAGACUGGGAAGGACCCCUGCCCUGGCGCCCUCUCCCCUGACACCCUCUGUCCCCCUAGCACCCUUUCGACCGUGCCCCAGGGCUCCUAUUCACUGCUGGCAAAUGGUGUCUGCAAGUGGCCCGGAUGUGAGAAGGUCUUCGAGGAGCCAGAGGAUUUCCUCAAGCACUGCCAGGCGGACCAUCUCCUGGAUGAGAAGGGCAGGGCACAGUGUCUCCUCCAGAGGGAGGUGGUGCAGUCUCUGGAACAGCAGCUCGUGCUGGAGAAGGAGAAGCUGAGUGCUAUGCAAGCCCACCUGGCUGGGAAGAUGGCUCUGACCAAAGCUCCAUCCAUGGCAUCAUCUGACAAGGGCUCCUGCUGCAUCGUGGCCACUGGCACCCCAGCUGCCACGGGCCCAGCCUGGCCCAACCCCCAGGAGGCCCCCGACGGCCUGUUUGCUGUGCGGAGGCACCUCUGGGGCAGCCAUGGAAAUAGCACAUUCCCAGAGUUCUUCCAUAACAUGGAUUACUUCAAGUUCCAUGACAUGCGGCCCCCCUUCACCUACGCCACCCUCAUCCGCUGGGCCAUCCUGGAGGCUCCUGAGAAGCAGCGGACCCUCAAUGAGAUCUACCACUGGUUUACACGCAUGUUUGCCUUCUUCAGAAACCACCCCGCCACCUGGAAGAAUGCCAUCCGCCACAACCUGAGCCUGCACAAGUGCUUUGUGCGGGUGGAGAGUGAGAAGGGGGCCGUGUGGACCGUGGAUGAAUUCGAGUUCCGCAAGAAGAGAAGCCAGAGGCCCAGCAGGUGUUCCAACCCCACACCUGGUCCCUAAUCUAAACACCAAGGAAAGGAGGAAGGAAGGACAGGGGCCGAAACAGGGGUGAUGGUGGUGGUGGUGAUGGAAGUGGCCUGCGGCAGGGGUGGCAGGCCCCAGAUGUGCUCACAGGGACCAAGAAGUGAGGGGUUUGCUGUCUUGCCUGCCAGGGCCCCUGAUCCUCAGCUGACUACCCUCCUAGAUCAUACGCUCUGCACCAAGGCUGCUCAGAGGGGCCUGGCUUCCUACAACAAGCUCUUUAGACAAACUGAGCCUUUGCAACCAACCACAAACAUGGCCUGCCUCAGUCACUCUCACAGAUGACCCCAGGGGCUCGAAAAGACACACAGGCAGUCACAAUCUUGUCCCUUGGACACAAUACAAGCGCCAAAACACAAUGGGCCUGCCACAGCACACCCAGUCAACCUCAAAUCUUCAGUCACGCAGACAAUCACACCUAAGCACAGUCCUGUCAACCCACAUACUCCAAAGCACACACCCACAACCAUUCUCCAGGCCCACAGGUACAGGGUCACACAGGGUGUGCCCACGCGGCCUUGGUACCUUUAAGAUCUCAGAUCCCAAAGAACCACACAGACGCAUACCAGUCAUGCACAUCCUCUGCAGCUCCCAACACAUUAUCUUGGCCACACAGCUCAUCAGAACACACCUGUGCACCUCACAUGUGCACGCACCCACACAGCACCCCAGUGGGUCUCCUGAGUCCCAUGUGGGCUUUCACAGCCACACACACUGAAUUGUCAAAUAUAUCCCAUGCCUCAUCUGCCACCCACCCCCACCUCCCCCACCCUGCACCUUAUGUCCCCAUCCAUGCCUCAGCUUAGACUGCAGACAGAGCCCCUCGUUUAUUUGGGAUCCAAGGCCCUAACCCCAAUAAACUACAGCCAAAUUCCUACACUCUGGACGAUCACCCCAGAUAAGGGUUGGGGUCAGGUGAGCAAGGGUCCUGGGGCCAAGUCCACAGCCAACAGAGGGAAUGGCUAGGGCAAGCACUUGGCCAUGGCCCCCAACAUCCUCGAUCUCUGCCUAAGGCCAGAAGGAGACCUGUGCUGGGGGCUCCUCAGGCCUCACGGACUCGCCCCAGGAGGCUAGCAUUCUCCUGGCGAAGGGCUCGGUAGUCCUCACGGAUCUUCUCCAGGUUGCUGAGGGUCUUCUUGCCCAUCUCCGUCUCGAUCUAAGGCAAUGCGAACCGCAUCCCUUCAGUGUGCAGAGCCCUCUUCCCAGCUCCUGUUCACCACCCUGCCUCCACUGAGGCCACUCAACGGCCCUCCUGUGCUCCCCCCACCCUCCUCCAACAAUAGCCUGCUGUGUCCCACC